GACUGUCUCUUUUCUGUCAAACUGGCUCUUGUGUCUCAACAAAAGCAAUAAAGAAACAGCGAUCAGUGAAGAAUGAAGAAAAAUGCUUUAAAGAAGAAUUUUGGGCAAGUUUAUUUCUAAACAGACAGCAGAUCUUUGUGAUUCUAAUGGUGAUUAUUUUCUUAAACCGUCAUUCAGAAAGUGAAAGUAAAAGUUGAAAGUUUAGACUGCUGCAGCUCAAACAGUGAGAAUGGCUUCAGCAGCUGAAGAUGAUUAUAUUUGUCCCGUGUGCUGUGAAAUCUUCAAGGCUCCUGUUCUUUUAUCAUGUAGUCACAGUGUCUGUAAAGAGUGUCUUCAACAGUUCUGGAGAAUCAAGAAAACUCAGGAGUGUCCUGUCUGCAGAACAAGAUCCUCAAGAGAAGAACCACCAUAUAAUCUGGCAUUAAAAAACUUGUGCGAGUCGUUCCUGAAGGAGAGAAAUGAGAGACGUUCAUCAGGGUCUGAGGAGAUCUGCAGUUUACACAGUGAGAAACUGAAACUCUUCUGUCUGGAGGACAAACAGCCUGUGUGUUUAGUGUGCUUCACUUCACAACAACACGACAAUCACAAAUGCAGACCCGUCAGUGAAGUGGUUUCAUCAUAUAAGGAGGAGCUCAAUACAGCACUGAAGUCCUUACAAGAGAAACUUCAACACAAGAAAAACAUUAAAGGAGAGUUUGAGAAAACAGUUCAACACAUCGAGUCUCAAGCUGAGCACACAGAGUGUCAGAUUAAACAGCAGUUUGAGAAGCUUCAUCAGUUUCUCAGAGAUGAAGAAGAAGCUACAAUCACUGCACUGAGGGAGGAAGAGGAGCAGAAGAAGCGGAUGAUGAAGGAGAAGCUGGAGGAGAUGAACAGACACAUCUCAGCUCUUUCACACACAAUCAAAGACAUGGAGGAGAUGAUGAAAGCCAAUGACGUCUGCUUUCUGAAGGAGUUUCCAGUCUCAAAGGAAAGAGUUCAGAGCUCACAACCGGAUCCACAGAUGGCUUCUGGAGCUUUGAUUCAUGUGCCACGUUACUUGGGCAACCUGCCGUUCAGAGUCUGGAAGAAGAUGCAGGACAUCGUCCAAAACAGUCCUGUGAUUCUGGAUCCAAACACUGCAAAUCCAUGGCUUAUCCUGUCUGAUGAUCUGACCAGUGUGAGAAACUGCAGGAACAAACAACCUCUUCCAGAUAAUCCAGAGAGAUUUGACUUCUAUCCCUGUGUUCUGAGUUCAGAGGGUUAUAACUCAGGAAAACACAGCUGGGAUGUGGAGGUUAAACAGAGUCAACGCUGGUGUCUUGGAGUAAAUACAGCAUCAAACCAGGGGAAGGGGUGUGAUUUCUUUAACACUGAUGUCUGGAGUGUGGAGUAUCAUAUGUCAGGACGGUAUAUAGGUUCUGGUUUUCGUGUUAAACGGAAGGUUGAUCGUGUGAGAGUUUAUCUGGACUAUGACAGAGGAACGGUGUCAUUCUACGAUCCUGUAACUAACACACAUCUACACACAUUCACAACCACCUUCACUCACACACUCUUUCCAUUCUUCUAUUGUUUUGACUCUCUGAGGAUUAUAGUGAAUUAGCUCAAAUGGUGAGGUAUAUGGGUCAAUGACGUGACGCUCAUUUUUUUGUGUCCAUAUAGUUUAAUUCAAUUUAAAAGGGUUAAAAUUGUAAAAUAAAUUAGCAAAUUAAUUGCAUACAUUCUCUCUUUUGAGGACCAAGUUUAAAAUGUAUGGUUUUAAUCAAUUUUGAGAGAAUAUUUGGGGACUGAUUGCAAAAACGUCAAUGUGGUGUAACCGUAAAAACUUUGUACCAAAUAAUUCAUCUUGUUUAAAAAAGGUGAAAUUCUCAAUAAAACCCCAUAUCAGCUAGCUUGGCAUAAUCUUACAUUAGAACAAUUUAAUAGUAUAUAAAAAUAAAUUGAACACCAUUGUUCUGAAUAUUAUAAAUAAUUUGGGGAAUCAUAGGAGUCAAGUCAAAUUCGUGAAGUGUCAAGGUGGUGUAACCACCAUUCAAGGAGCCAUUUUUUUAAUAUUGAGCAAGAAGACCAUGUGACAGGAAAUUAUAUCACAGAGAAUGACCCCUGGUGAGACUAAGUGCUGCAUGCAAAAGUUAGUAACUGUCUUUAAAAUAUGAGAUAAUUUGACAUUUUUAGGGUAUGGUCAGGUAUUCUUAGGUAUACAUGUCAAAUGGUAUGACCCCACAAAUACAUUGAUAAUUCAUCAUUAUUAUAAAAAUGUGUAUUAACUUUAAAAAUUACAUUUGAAAUAUUUCCACCAAGGCCAUGUGCUUGAAUAGGUGUCCAUGAUAAUACCUGUCAAAUUUGAUUUUAAAUUGAAAUGUCAAAUGGUGUAACCGGUUACACCAUUUGACUCCUAUUACAAGCCUUUCUUUUAGGGGCCAGUUUAGUCAAAUAUCACUAGUUUAUGAUGCUGAUUAUAGAUGUAAUAUAAACUAACCUACUAUUUGGAACUAUUUUCAAGUGUUCAAUGUAGGGCUGGGCGAUAUGACGAUAUUACCACGAAAUAAAAAGUCUAUCGUUAGAGACUUUGCUAUAUCGUAUAUCGCAGCAACAUUGCACUGUUGACACUUCAGAGUGAUGAAAUGUAUGAAUGAGAAUAUAAAGAGCAGGACGUGCUUGACGUUAAAAAGAGUUAUAAGCACAAUAUAUCCUGAAAAGGAACUCGGUGCAGCGCUCAUUCUGACUGGCACACUGCCAAAGUGCGCGCACAGAACAUGCCUCUCUCAAAAGGCGAUCGUAAAUUAGGGACGUGGUCCAGGGGCGAUUCUAGGGUCAGAGCUUUAGGGGUGCUGAGCACCCACUGCCACCACCCACCCUCUUUUCACACAAAAACAAAAAAUAUGUUACAAAAAGUAAAUGUAAUAUAGGCUACUUAAUGCCAAUAAGUUAGUAUAGGAGUAUGAGUAGUUACUGUUUUGCUUGCCACUAUUCACUAUAUGUCAAUUUAUUGUUGUUGUUUCCUCACCUGGUUCUUCCUGCAUGCUCUCCCUUUCCCUUUCUCCUUCUCCAUCUCCUUCUUUCCCUUGGCACUAACAAUCAUACACAAAUAUAUUAUAGGCAGGAGAGUUGAGGUCAGCUUGUCAUGUCACAAAAAUGUUAUGGAUGUUAAAUGUUAAAGCAGCAGAGGAGAGUACUGCUUCACUCACUGAAGGAUCUUCAUGCACAGUACAAUGCAACAGUCAAGAGACACCUGAAAUUGUCAUAUAGACAAUUUGUGAGAUAUUGCCCCUUUUAUGUAACACCAGCAAAAGACACUGACAGAAAUACAUGUGCUUGCAUAGACCAUGAGAAUGUCGAGCUGCUUGUGGACAGAUUGCACCAGAAAGGCAUUCUUCUCACAAACAGUAUUUCAGAGUUGCUAGCAGUUAUUGCAUGCAAUACUACCACCAAGCAUUGCAUGUAUCGCACCUGUGCUAAGUGCUGCUACAACAAGAUUGAGUUUGAAGGACCUCUGGAGGAUGCUGAAAUUACAUGGCAGCAGUGGUCCAGAGUAGUCACAUCUGAAGAAGAGAACACCUUCACUAACUUUGCAAAAGUCACACAAACCGGAAAGUGUGAAGAUCUGUUCGCUUUGCUCAACAAGAAGCUAGACUCUCUAGCUAAGCACCAUUUCAAUUGGCUCCACCAAGCCAAAACACUCAGAGAGCUGAAAGAAACACUACGUGAGGAUGAAGUCUGCAUUCAUGUAGACUUUUCUGAGAACUAUGGCUGUAAGCUCAGCAGUGAAAUUCAGGCUUUCCACUUCGGUGGCAGCCGCAAGCAGGUUACAAUCCACACCUGUGUGGUGUAUACGGCCUCAUCAUCCUUCUCUUAAGCCACUCUAUCUCCCUCUCUCCGCCAUGAUGAACGUGCUGUAUGGGCACACAUGGAGCCUGUAUUGAGGGAUGCCAUAGCCAAAUGUAACACACCGCCUUGUACUCUACAUAUCAUCAGUAAUGGACCAGUGACCCAAUACAGGAACAAGAAAAAUUUGUAUCUACUCAGCACAGUGCCUUUUCUAUCUGGCUUCCAAAAGGUCACUUGGAACUUUAGUGAGAAAUCACAUGGGAAAGAAGCUCCUGAUGGAGUAGGUGGGGCUGUAAAGCGCACUGCAGAUACAGCAGUUCAAAGAGGCACUGAGUUGCAAACAGCUGAGGAACUUUAUAAAUUCCUGAAGGAUCAACACUCUACCAUCAAAUACUAUUGGAUAUCGGAGGAAGCCAUCGCAAAGUAUGAUGAAUCUGUCCCAAAAAAUGUCCCAGCUGUAAAAGGUACACUGAAGAUUCAUCAAGUAACCUCUACAGAACCAGCUGCAAUUCAGUGGAGGGAAAUUUCAUGUUUCUGUGCAAGACCUGGUAUCUGCAAGUGCUAUGAUCCAUCUACAGUAGAUUUCCGCAACCUAUCAGAGAACCUCCCCUCAACAGCUACCAACUGUUUGCCAGAUCUGCAAGGCAAGUUCAUUCUGGUCAGAUAUGACAGUAAGCCUUUUGUGGGACAGGUCAUCCAGGUGGUGGGUGAAGAAGUAGAAGUGAGCUGCAUGCAACAACUGGGUGGGAAGAAUGUCUUCCGCUGGCCUCAUCCACCUGAUCUCCUAUUCUACUAUGUGUCCGAUGUGCUGCACAUAAUAUCUGAGCCAGAACCUUUGAACUCACGUCAUUCAAAACUCAUGACUGAGGACUGGAAGCAGUUCCAAGCACACACAGCCUGAAAAUCUUCUGUCACACUGACACACUUUUCUGGACAGGAAUAAGACUUAAAUGGAAACAAGUCAAAGUACACUCAGGCUCCUAAACACACAUUCCCUUUCACCCCAUGCCUAAUUACACAUGCACAUACACAACAUUUUUGAAGAUAUGAUUUUACCCUGAUUUGUUGUUACCAGUUAUUGUAAUUGUAAUUAGAAUACAAGAUAUGAGUUCACUGUGAUUUCUUGUUAUGAGAUAUUGCUCCUUAACUCAUACAAGACAUGAGUUGACUGUUCAUCACUCUGAUGAUUUGUUAUCAGAUAUUGUUUCCUAACUGUAAUUACAACACAAGACAUGAAUUUGUUCAUCACUAUGAUUUCUUGUUGUCAGACAGUUUUUCAGUACCAAAAAAAAAAUAAAACCAAUUCAGCUGAA